AUGAGUGCACCCAAGAGCGUCGAGCAGAUAGUCUCCGAGGCCUCCAACUUCGACCAUGCCGCCAACAUCCCCCUCAACAUGGCCCUGCGCACCGCCCAGAACAUGAUCAGCCAAGCCGCCUACUACGAGCGCGAGUCCAACCUCCAAGAUGCCUACUACUUUCUCUACCGCCAUGCCGACUUCUUCUUUACCCACAUCUCCAAGCACCCGGAUGCGAAGAAGCCAGAGUACAAGGCUCAGAUGGCCCGCACACGCGACCAUGUCAAGUCUGAUCUGUCGCGCAUGGAAGCCCUGAAGCCUGACAUCACAACUCGAUACCAAAAGUACCAGGAUCUUGUCAAGACGAGGAACCAGCUCAAGUCACAGAACGACACGCCGGCUGCAUCGCACGAGUCGUUUGUGCUGAGUGCUGCUGAGCACAAGGACAUGGCUCUGCAGCUGGCCAACCGCGAACUGAGGAGACGGGCAAAAGAUACUCGCGACGACAAUGCUGUCAUGGACGACCUGAGUCGUGGUAUACAAGACCUGGGCCGCCGCAUCGAUGCUCCUCGUCGUUCAUCUCAAGCUUCGUCGUCCUCACAAUCCUCAUCCGCAUAUCACUACCCUUCAGUACCCUCCACCCACGCCUCUAUCCCUCAAUCGUCAGUCCCUCUGGCACCCAGUCGACCUCCGAAGAACGACCUACUCAACUACGCCGCACCCCCACCACUCCCCUCGAAACCAGACACCUCAGUACCACCCCUCCCCUCCAAAGGAAAUGUCCCAGCACCACCACCCAAACAUGACCUCUCAUCCACCACGCAAUCCUACCAAUUCCAACCGGCCGCCCACACCGAAAACGGCACCCCCCUCCGCACCCUCUUCCUCCCCACCUCCCUCCGCCACUCCUUCGUCUCCCUCGCCGCCCCCAACACUUCCUCAAACCUCGAAACCUGUGGUAUACUCUGCGGCACCCUAAUCUCCAACGCGCUGUUCAUCUCACACCUGGUCAUCCCUGAUCAAACCUCUACCUCUGAUACCUGCGAAACCACCGAUCAGGGAGAAACAGACUUGUUCGAUUAUGUGGACGGAAAGCAAUUGAUGGUGUGCGGCUGGAUACACACGCAUCCAACCCAGACUUGCUUCUUGUCAUCCAGGGAUUUGCACACUAGCGUGGGCUAUCAAGUCAUGCUGCCCGAGAGUGUAGCGAUCGUGUGUGCGCCUAGUAAGGAGCCCGAUCAUGGUAUCUUCCGCCUUACGGAUCCACCAGGCAAACAGGCCAUCCUGAAUUGCAACAAACCAGGCCUCUUCCACCCUCACGAUACAGAUAACCUAUACACCGAUGCCACCAGACCUGGUCACGUAUCCGAGUUGGCGGGCUUACAAUUCCAAGUCGUGGAUUUGAGAAAAGGAAAAGGGAGAACAUAG